UCAUCUGGUUACGUUAUUGACCACCCCCCGACCCAAAAAAUGGGCUUCCCCUACAUUUUUCCCGACGCCACGCUACUGCUUGUCGUCACGCUAGCCUUUAUACAGUCUGUACCCGCCGGCUGGACCACCGUCUCCCUUGAACCCUUGAACACUCAGUAUAAAACAAGCUAUUCUGGAUAAAGUUAUUAAGAAGAUGGCUACGGACAGCUAUGAAAUGAACGGUGAUGCCGACCGAAAUGGAGAGGCGGAGGUUGCGCUGCGAGGCCAGGGGAGGAGGCAACAGGGGCCUCUGAACAUGAACCAUUAUGCCAAUAAGAAGAGUGCGGCAGAGAGCAUGCUGGAUGUAGCUCUACUGGUGGCCAACACCUCACAGCUGAAGGCUGUGAUGGAGCAAGGACCCGGCUUCACCUUCUAUGCACCCCUUAUCACUCUCAUUAGCAUCUCUCUCAUCCUACAAAUCAUAGUGGGAGUUCUGCUCAUCUUCAUAGUUAAGUGGAACCUGAAUGAUACACGCAUGCACUUCAAGCUGAACAUCUUGGAGAAUACCACCACAGCCUUCGUCGUUAUCAUAGUCGUGGUCAACGUCUUCAUUACAGCCUUUGGUGUACAGCGGCCCAACCCGAGUUCUUGAUCACCCUUUACAGGACUCUACAUGCCUGCUGAUCAACUUAGUAAAGAAGGACCUCCACAUUAUUUACACAAAUAUUCAGAAUAUUUAUUCCCCAAACUAAGUGGCAUUGAGACGUAAAAAAAUUGAAUACCAGCGCUGCCUGUACUGUGGCAGAGGCACAGCAAGAAGACAUUAAAAUGCAUAAGUCAAGAGGAUGCAGAGAAAAACUUUCGCACGACGACCACGAGAGAUUCAAUGUUUGUUCUUUUAACGACAAUAUAUUUAUUUUACUGAAAUAGCUGCGUGCACUUCUGAUUAUUAUACACAGAAAGAGAUAUACACGCAGUGGCAAGUCAGUGCGAUGGUAGCCAAUACGCUGAGAGACAUUUCAUCCACUGAAGCAUCUUCAUUUUUACUGCUGAGUGAAUUACAGCAGAAAUGUAUCACAUCCGGCGUGGUGGCACACUUCAAACCCCAGUGUCAAACGUGAAAUACUCACUAAAUAUUAAAAACCCAAGGGAUUCAAAUUGGAGCCAACUUAAAGAAUGACGUUCUGACACAGACAUGAUACUGACUUCCACUUGUUACUAAAAAUCAAUUGUUUAAUAAA